UAUCUCCCUGUGCAUAGCAGGAUAAAAAAAAUCUCUAGACUCAGCUCAGCGGUCAUGGCGAAGCUCUGUGUGUUGGCUGCGAUACUUGCGGUGUUCAUUGCAGUUACCCAAGCAGAGAGGUUUCUGGGCGGGAAGACAGAUGCGAAUGAGAAUGACGACGGGGUGAAACGGGCGCUGAAGUUUGCAGAGAACGAGUUUAACAAACGCAGUAAUGAUCUGUAUAUGUGCCGGGUGAAUGAUGUGCGCCGGGCACAGAGACAGCUUGUAUCUGGGAUUUCAUACACUCUGGAUGUGGAAAUGAUUCGAACACUGUGUAGAAAGCCAACCACAGACUUGACUACCUGUGCACUCCAUACAGAUCCCACCAUUGCAAAGAAACAAAAUUGCAUCUUUGAAGUGAACCAUGUUCCCUGGAAGGACAGUACUCAGCUGAUUAAAAUGAAAUGUGAAUAACUUGCUACUUGGCGUACUAUAGGCCUUCAGAAUUUGAAUAAUGUUUUACAACAUAGCAAACUACUAACACUGCUAUGUGCUUCUAGUUUUUAAUAUUGACAGUCUGCUUGGAUAACUUACAAAAUAGUCCAAUGUAUUAAUUCUAAUAAUAAAAUACAUUCAGUAUAUUUCAUUUACAAAAAUAAA